AUGUCGCUCCUCGAAAGCCAUCUAGAGCAGAUCUCGCUCUCUUCAAAUGCGAUUGCGGAGCUACCCUUUCCCCCACCACGGAUCUUUACCAACGCGCUUCUGGGUCCCCACGACAUCACCUCCUUGAUUCGCGAUACGGAGGCUCAUGAGCGGGCUCUCUUCCAGACCAACCCUUCCGUCAAAUCAGCCAGCUCACAGCGACGAGCCACCCGACGCGGCACACAGUUUCCACAGGAAUCCGUGGGCGAGUCCAUGGCCAGUCGAAUCUAUUCGGCUAGAGAAGAGAAGAGUCAGUCGGCUGUCGCAAGGGUCCUAGGUUCCGAUAUGAUGGAGGAGAUCAAGCGAUCCGCGGGCACAUCAAGUAGAGGCCGUGGUGAGGUUAAUGUUGAUGUGCUGCUCCGGGGCGCGGAGAUUCUCUGCAAUGUCUAUCCUGUCGCUGGUGCUCAUGAGAAGAUCGCCGGUCUGCGGUAUCGUCACGAGCUGAUUACAGACUCGAUCACUGAGUUGGAGGCGCGUGUGGCCAGGAAUACCGCCGAAUUAGAAAAGAUGAGCCAUUCUUAUGGAGACGACUUUGAUGACUACGAUGAAGCCGAUGCCAUACAGCCGGAGGUGGCGCACGUCACGGAUGCCGACAUCGAGCGAGAGAUUGCGGAGAUCCGAGAGUUGGAGAGGAAAAAGCGCUCCUUGGAGGCCCGCGUCAAUGGUAUGGAGCGAGAUCUUGGUGGAUUAUUGGGGUGA